CUCGGCCUGCAGCACAGAGCCACUGGCUGGCCCUGCACAGGUCUGCUGCUCACGCCUGAGGAAGAGGCAGGGAGGGCGUUCCUGCCACUGCCAGCAUGACAGCGUGUGACUCGCCGCUGCUCCUCUUGCCUAUCAGCAUUUCCUAAGGAACCUUUGAGCGACAAGUCCAAGGAUCUCUUCUCCAGGAGAGACAGCCGUGCAAAGACACCCUCCUUCCUGGAGAGCAGCUUGAGGGGCAGGCCAGUCCCUGAAAAAGAUGGAACUCGUCUGCCACUGCAGUGCCUUUCUGCUCAUUCUUCUCUGCUUGUCUGUUGGGCUGAAAGCCGGAGCCCAGGACUCCUGUGCUGGUCACUGCGGUACAUCUCAGCCCAGCUGUUCAUGCCAAGCAACCUGUAAGUCCCUGGGAACUUGCUGUUCAGAUUACCUGGAAUUCUGCCUGACCAUCUCUCCUUAUUCUGGGACACUGCUUGGUGGGAAAGAUUUUACACCUCUAAACCUGACUUUCAACCCCCAAUCUUCUGUGAAGUGCAGGUUUGCACGGACAGUUGUGACUGGCGGGUAUGUUGCUGAAGAUGGACGGGUUCACUGCAUCUCCCCCUUGCUCUAUCAGAUUGGCAUGGUCAGCCUGGAAAUUUCUAAUGAUGGUGGCUCGACAUUUCCCUGGUCGAGCACGUGGGUCUCAGUUCAUCAUAGCAAAGUAUCCCCUUUGGAAAAAAGCAAAUUAGUGAACGAAACCAAGUGGCAAUACUAUGGCACUCCUGGAACAGGGGGAAACUUGACUGUCACAUGGAACCAGCAGACACUUCGGGCCAGCCACGUCAACGUAGAAGUCUGGGGGUACAAUGAGUCCGGUAGACCUUACUCCAACGAAUGGGAAGCUGAAUGGAAAUAUCUCUACACCUUGAGAAGAAACUACCCCAACACAGGGGCUCUUAGUUUCCUGCCAGCCCCUUCAGCUCUGUACAGCACCUGGGAACUUGGGGCACUGAGGAUUUCUUCACAUUUGUCUUCUGAUGGUCAGAGCAAUGUGGCGUCCAUCUGGAGCACCGAGCAUGCUCUGGCCUGGCACUUGGAAGACGCCUUCCGGAAGAAUUCCACGGCAUGGGGCACCGCCAAGUGCCACCAAUGGGACCGGAAAGAAAUGGGCCUGCCCAGUUUCCUGGACGAGAUCAUGGAUUGCCCCUGCACCUUGGCACAAGCCCGUGCAGACACUGGCCGGUUUCAUACGGACUAUGGCUGUGACAUCGAAAGGGGGAGCGUCUGCACUUACCACCCGGGGGCAGUGCACUGUGUGAGGUCUGUCCAGGCCAGCCCACAAUACACUGCGGGGCAGCAGUGCUGCUAUGACGCUGCAGGAGCCCAGGUCCUCACGGGAGACUCCAUCGGGGGAAGCACCCCGGACCGCGGGCACGACUGGGGCGCGCCUCCUUACAAAAGGCCCCCCAGGGUGCCCGGCUUUUCCCACUGGCUCUAUGAUGUCAUCUCCUUCUAUUACUGUUGCCUGUGGUCCGACAACUGCUCGGUCUACUUCAAGCAUCGUCCCUCCAGUGGCUGCAGGCGAUACCAUCCGCCCCGCGCUGCUUCUGCUUUUGGGGAUCCUCACUUCAUCACUUUUGAUGGCACAAAUUUCACAUUUAAAGGCCUCGGUGAAUACACAGUGUUGGAAUCCAACCUCACCUCCUUGAGAAUCCAAGCGAGAACUCGCCGUGCUGAGGUGUUUGCUGAAAAGGAAGGAGCCAAGGCCAAUGUGACGGGCUUCUCCGCCAUCGCAAUGCGGGAGAAUAACUCAGAUGUGAUUGAGAUACGCAUCCCAGCGCACUCAGACACGCUGGAGGUCCUGUGGAAUCACAGAGCUCUGAACUUCUCUGAACAAACCUGGAUGGACUUGAAAGGACUCUUUCUCUCCACCACCCCUGGGCAGAAUGUCAACGUCAUGUUCUCCUCUGGAGUUGGUGUAGAAGUGAUUGCGAGUGCCGGGAGGGUGCUGAGCCUCACCGUUUUGCUGCCAGAGAAAUUCCAGGCUCUCACACGGGGGCUCUUUGGGGUGAUGAAUGACGACCCCCAGGACGACUUAACCUUCCGCAAUGGAACAACCCUUGACAGCAGCAGCAGCAGCCCUGAAGAACUCUUUGCCUUUGGUGCAGACUGGGCCAUCAUAAAUGAAACAUCCCUUUUCACUUAUGACACACAAUACUUGUUGGAAAACUACUUCUACAGACCAAAGCACAAUCCUUCUUUUGUGCCUGUAUUUUCUCCCUCUGAAGACCCAGCUGACCCUCUAGUAGAGCUUACGGCCAGGCUUUGCCAAUCAGAUCCUUUCUGCAGGUUUGAUGUCUUGACAACCAGAGAUCUAGCUGUGGGGAACAGCUCUAAGCUGGCCCACCAGCGCUACAAGACCCUGAAGGAGAGCCUACGACCAGUGGCUUCCUGUGGCUGGCUGGCUCCCCCUGAAAAUGGCAAGAAGGAAGGAACCAGCUACUUAGCUGGGUCCACCGUUCGCUUCCACUGCGAUCCUGGAUACACUCUCGUAGGGCCAGCAGCAAGAGUCUGCCAGGGCAACGGAGUGUGGUCAGGGGGCCCCACUGACUGCUUGCCAGGUGCAGGAGCGGGGCCGCAGGCACUUCCCUUCGGCAUCCUGGGCUUCCUGAGCUUGGCAGCUGUCUCUUGGGUGACCAGUUGAGAAGCACCCCCGUCAGUCCGCCAGGGCAGACUCUUCCAUGAGAGGAGGAUUUCUACCACCUGAAGAGAGACUUCCUGUUCUGAGGUUUCCAUGCCCUCUGACCACUAGGUAAUACGAUGCAGUUUGGCUUCAGUUGGUUCUUUUAACCUAAUAAACCACCUAAAAUCAA